CCCUGCUGUUUCUGGUGCCCAACUUCCUAUGGCAGACGGCGUACCGGUCCUCAGGGAUGGACUUCGAGCGGGUGGUGGAGUUCGCGUCCCGCUUCGAGACCAUCAUCGACCAGAAUGAGUGGAAGUCCACUGUCGCCCGACUGGCCAGACAUAUUGACAGGUACCUGCAGCUUCAGAAAGAAUAUCGGCCUACGUGGCUCAACCGAAUCGCCGGGUGUCUCUCGGGUCGCAUCGUGUUCUCGAUCAGCCGCCAGUACGGAAACUUCCUCACCUACACUUACCCCACCAUCAAACUGUUCUACAUUUUCAACCUCAUGAUGCAAUUUUUCAUCCUCACUCGCUGGCUCGGACCGGGAUAUUCCUUUUAUGGAAUCGAAGUGUUGCAGUCGUUUUUGUCGAAUGGAUACGGAACCGAACAGUUCCCUUCGUCGCAGAUUUUCCCGCGAGUCACUUGGUGCGACGUUCCGCGACGCCUGGUCGAGCGGAAACUGGAGUACCAAAUGCACUGUGUUUUACCCAUCAAUCUUUUCAACGAGAUAGUUUUCCUGGUCGUUUGGUAUUGGUUAGUUCUCGUCUUCAUUCUCACGGUGUACAACUUCGUGCGAUGGGUUUCGGGGUGCAGUUUCACUGGAAAUGACUACAUUAAAAAGCACCUGCAGAUGGCCGAUAGAGCCAAGUUCUCGCGGACUGAAGAGAAAAAGCUGAUUCGAAAGUUCAUCAAAAC